UGAUGUAGCUGGCUGUUUACUCUAGAAUGUGGUAAAGGUUAUUUUUAUUAGCUCUUUUGAGCAACAGCAUUACAUUUUAGGACUAGGAGCAGUGAUCUAGAGCUCCCAGAAAAGAAUCCUGAAGUCUGUUGCUUCCAACAUGAAUCUUCUACACCUUGCUACGAGUAUACUGCUCAUUUCAUCAGCAUUAUGUGGAGUCAAAGACCUGCAUGACCAUUUUGAUAGUAGGGCUGAAGUAGGAGCGCGCGGGAUUUCUCCACAAAAUACAAAGACUCUCCAGGAUGACACAGUGACCAAUGACCUUAUUCCUGAUGAAGAAGAUGAGGAAGACUAUAUAGAUUUUGAUCAAAUAAUUGGCGAAGACUAUACUGAGACCAUUGAUGCUCUUACAGUAAAGAAUGUAGAAAAAACACAAGGGAAUAUAUAUGAACUAUUCCCUGGGAAAACCAGGAUUCAAAGGCUCAACAUAAUUAAUGCCAAAUUUGGCUUUGAUCUUUAUCGGACAAUAAGAGAAAACAUUAAUACAACUGAAAAUAUUCUGCUGGCACCGGUUGGAGUCUCCACAGCGAUGGCCACAAUUUCAAUGGGAACAAAAGGGCAAACUCAGAGUCAAAUUUUCUCUAUGUUAGGCUUCAAAGAAUUUAUCAAUGCCAGCUCAAAGUACGACACCACCACCAUCCACACUGUCUUCCGGAAAUUAACUCACAGACUCAACCGCAGAGAUUUUGGUUAUACCUUGAGAUCAGUCAAUGACUUAUACAUACAAAAAAAUUUCUCCAUUAGAGAGGACUUUAAGAGUAGCUUGAAAAACUACUACUUUGCAGAAGCUCAGGUGGGCGAUUUUGAAGAAAAAGCUUUUGUAAACCAGAUAAACCAAAGGACCCAGAAGCUUACCAAGGGCCUGAUAAAGGAAGCAAUUUCAAACCUGAGCCCCGGACUACUAAUGUUUAUCGUGAACUGCAUCUAUUUCAAAGGGACUUGGGAGAGUAAGUUUCCAGUAGAGAAUACCCAUAUUGCAAAUUUUCGUGUAAGUGAGAAAGAAGUGGUGAAAGUACACAUGAUGAGGACCAAGGGAAACUUCAUGGUUGGUGUGGACUAUGACCUGGAGUGUGAUCUCCUACAGUUGCCAUACGUAGGCAACAUGAGCAUGCUAAUAGCUGUGCCACAUAAACUGUCUGGUAUGAAGCUCCUUGAGAAGCAGCUCAGUCCACAGCUGGUGGAAAAAUGGCAGAAGACCAUGAAUAACAGGGCAAGAGAAAUUCACCUACCCCGCUUCAAGCUGGAAAAGAAAUAUAAUUUGAAGGAAGUAAUUAGCACCAUGGGAGCAAAGGACAUAUUUACCACUAAAGCAGAUUUCUCAGGCAUCACCGAUGAGGGAAUAAACAUUGGCCAGUUUCAGCAACAAGGCAGCAUCACUGUGAAUGAAGAAGGAACUCAGGCCGCGACGGUCACUGGAGCCAAAUUCAUGCCGCUAUCUACUCAGACACGCAUUACGGUGGACCGUCCUUUCCUAUUUUUCAUCUAUGAACUUCGCACGGAUUGCCUCAUUUUUUGCGGAAAAGUUGCGAACCCCAACAUAUCAUGAAUUCCCAGCUAAACCUGGGGCUUAAUACUUAGAUGCAAAUAUUAGUUUCUUUUAUGUAUUUGAAUUAAGUAUAUGGAAAAUGCCUAUUCACAAUACAGUACUUAAAACAACAACAA